AUGAUUUCUCUUGCUGGCUUUGUCAUCCAAACUUCAGGCCAUCAUUUUUAUGAUUCUGCUGGUGGAUCAUGGUGCUGGAUUUCGGAAAAUUAUGUGGAAUAUAGAAUUAGUUUUCAUUAUGGUAUCAUAUUAGGUAUUGCCUCACUGCUGAUCAUUCUAUACGCAAUUAUGCUUGCGGUUUUGUAUAAUCGACAACGAAAAAUGUCCGCACAAGAAUCAAAGAGAAUUUUACAAAGUGUCAAUAGGAAAUUGAUUUGGUAUCCAUUGGCCUAUAUUGUUCUUGUAACACCAUUAGCAAUUGGCAACUUAAUUUUAUCAGGAUGCAUCUUUACAUGCGCUGGUUUAACAGACUCGAUAAUUUACGGAAUUACGCGUAAUGUUGUAUCUGUAAAAUCAAUGUUAAAUGUUGUUCCAAAAUUUCUCCGUAUUAAUAGAACACGCAGUAAAUCAGGCAUAUCUCCAAAUGACAUUGGUUCAAAAUUAGAUUUAAGUUCGUUUAUAUCCGUUACAAAAACUCGAGAGAUUAGGAUAUCAAUCGUUGGGACAAGCGCCGAAUCAAAUUCAACUACUGUGUUAAAUAACAGUUAUAUAGAUGAAAUAGAUGAUUUAAAGAUUUAA